AUGCUGGGUGUUGAAGGCAACAACUUUCAGCAUUCCGUGACUCGUCGGGUGAUUUUGGCCUGCGCGUACAUGGCGAUCGCUGCUGGCCUUACGCUGCCUUUGGUUGUCACUCUCUGCCACACUCGGGAGUACCAGCUGAUUGUCUUCAUUAUCUCGGCCUCCUGUUUCAUCGUGAUUGUUGGCAUUAUCUUGGAGUGGCUGGCGCAGCGCCUGUCGACAGUCGAAGGGCCCGUCCACGAUCUGAGGAAAGCCAGUCGGGUUUGGGCUCCAGGCACCUUUGAGGAUCUCAAGAAUCUCGACAAUGAGUCGCUGCAGUUUUUUCACAUGCGCAUCAAGUGCAGCCCGAGCAUGGGCAAGUGCUCCGUGAACAAGGCCGACCCCGCCUCCGUCUUGACCCCUCCACUUCAGGCAACGAGCCAGGCGUGCAUCUGUUGCAUGGAUGACUUCGAUGCGACGAGCAAUGUCGCUGUGCUUCCUUGCGGGCACGUCUUCCACGAGCACUGCAUGGUGAUGUGGUCGCUAUCAGCGAAAGGCUCUACGAAUGCCUGCCCGGUCUGCCGUGCGAGCUUUGAUAUCCUGUGA